CCGGGCAAAGGGAGGAGAUGGCAGGACUUAGAUAACCGAUCCACAACGACCAGGAUCGUGGUGUUCCCCUGUGAUGGAGGAAGAUCGGUGAGGAAGUCCACAGACAGGUGUGACCAAGGCCGCUGUGGAACGGGGGGCUGUAAACUUCCCUCUGGACAUGUGUCUAGGAGCCUUACACUGGGCGCACACACCGAACAGGAGAAAACAUAAACCCUCACGUCUUUGGCCAAGGUGGGCCACCAGUACUUCCCCCUAAGACGCUGCAACGUCCUCUCGAUCCCCGGAUGACCAGAGGAGGGUAGCUUGUGGGCCCACCUGAUCGAUCUAUCGCGAACACCAAGUGGGACAUACCUCCGACCAGCUGGACACUGUGCUGGAGUGGGUCCUAACCAUGAAGCCUGCUCGAUUUCCAUGUCCACCUCCCAUACCACCGGUGCCACCAGACAAGAAGUCGGAAGUAUGGGGGUGGGAUCGAUGGACCACUCCUCGGUAUCGUUGAGACGGGACAGUGCGUCAGUGAACCUGGUCUGUAAGAGAUGGUGAAACAAAAGCUGGUGAAAAACAUUGCCCACCUUGCCUGACAAGGAUUCAGUCUCCUCUCUGCCCAGAUGUACUCCAGAUUACGGUGGUCAGUCCAGAUGAGAAAAGAGUGUUUCUCCCCCUCAAGCCAAUGUCUCCACACCUUCAGAGCUUUUACCACCAGCUUUUACCGCUACUCCCGGUCCCCCACAUCAUAGUUUCGCUCUGCCGGACUGAGCUUCCUAGAGAAGAAAGUGCAGGGGCGAAGCUUCGGGGGCGUGCCCAAGGACUGUGAUAGCAUGAUGCCAACACCAGCCUCGGACGCGUCCACCUCCACUAUGAAUGCCAAAGAGGGGUCAGGAUGCGCCAAUACGGGAGCAUCGGUAAACAACGCCUUCAGACGACCAAACACCAUGUCCGCCUCCGCCGCCCACCGUAAACGCACAGGCCCCCCCUUCAGCAGUGAGGGUCAUGAAGUCUCUCGAGGACCUCAGAUCACUUUCCCUGACAAACAAUACAGACAAGUCAAUAAAUUCAAGGCUGACGAACAGAUUGCCUUCAUUUCGCAUACUCUGAACGCUAUAAAGAAAUUGUAUAGCAGUGGUAAAUAUGAGUCCACCGCCUGGGACCAGAAAGGAGUUGACAAGUUUAUGAAUGACCUCUAUCGCCAGACCUCGGAGCUGGAUCAAUGCGUAAAGGCUAUGAAAACUAGACUAUCAAAAUCUGUCAACAGAGUGAACAAAAAGAUGAGCCUUCACUUCAAGUUCCUGAAGCAUUACUUGAAACGCGAGGAUUACAGCGCAAGCGGCUGGGAAGACAUAAGGACAGUGGUGCUGGCACACCUCCAAAGACUAGACACAACAUUAAGUAGCCAAUGAGCGUUAUGUGUGUGUUGUGUACAUAUUUGUUAUUUAUAUAUCUAUUUAUCUAUUCAUAUUUCUAACUAUUUUUUUACAUGUUUACUCGUUUGUUUUUUUAACGUAUUAAUUUAUUUUGUAGUCAUGUAUUCACAACUCCGAGGAUUAAAUCAUUUUUUCAUUCUGAAUAAUGAUGUGAUUGACUUAGGCUAUACAUAGCCUAAUGUAUCAAUGUUUCCGUGCAUUUUUUUUGUAUUCAUGAAGGCCAUUGCAGACUGUAUUUAUU